AUGUACAAUGAAGCAUUGGUCUUGAUCGAGGAUUUAUGUGUUCUUAUUUCAAAUUUACCACUUAAUCAUUAUGGUAUGCCAUCACCUAAUCGUCCAGCCACCGACUUAGUCAAUACCGAUUUACAACGAGAAAAUCAAUAUGACCAUGGAAGUUUAGCAACAAUUAUCAUGAACAGUGAACCAUUACUGACAGCAGAACUAAAAAUUAUUUAUGAUCGGAUUAUGCUGGCUGUUGCUGCUGAACAAGGCGGUUUUUUUUUCUUGGAUGCACCCGGUGGAACCGGUAAGACAUUUUUAAUAUCGUUGAUUCUUGCCAAAAUACGGUCGCAACAAAAAAUCGCAUUAGCAGUAGCAUCGUCAGGCAUUGCCACACUUUUUCAAUAA